AUGGUCGAACCUAUGAUCCUGGGGGAAGAAACCCAACUUCCCCCCAAAUACCCCAAGUCAUCUUUGAACCGGACUUCAUUCUUCAACGCGUACCUCCUCUUGUCCUCUCUCUGCGCAAUCACCGGUCUCAUCUUCGGUGCAGUCUCGCUCCACAAAGCGAACGAGGUCAGGGCCUUUCAAUCGUCCCAAUUUAUCAUGGACUUGGACCGUACCUUCAACAGCACCAUCUACGCCAUCGCGAACAAUGGCACGGUCAAUCCAUGGUGCGAUCGGGCUCCCAUAGAGCUGAUCACAGGUAAAACUUCUAUCCCAGGUCAAUGUGUUACUGUCACUGCCAGCUAUACGAUGUGGGUGACACGGCUGGCCAAUAAUUGUGUUCCUGUUGCCUACGAGAGCGCAAAUUGCACAGGAACUAUGAGAGACCUUGGUAACCUUAGUACUCCACAAUGUGUGGUAGCAGCUGGUGCAGGUGUGCUGGGUGGGGAUGGUGGUGAUGUGUUCGAGAGUUUCAAAGUGUUUUGCUCUUGA